GCAGCUGCAGCGACGACAGCCGCUACAGAGCAGAUGAAACUUUAGUCUAAGAAGUCUUUAUUCAUCUAUUUCAUGGGUCCAAAUUAGAAAAACUCUAAAUGUUGCAGAAGUGUUGAAAUACUGCUCAACCAUGAGCACCAACAGCAACUCAUUGGCACGUGAGUUUCUGACUGAUGUUAACCGGCUUUGCAAUGCUGUGGUCCAGAGGGCCGAGGCCAGGGAGGACGAGGAAGAGGAGACGCACAUGGCAAGCCUCGGACAGUACCUUGUGCAUGGUCGAGGAUUUCUGUUACUUACCAAGCUAAAUUCUAUCAUCGAUCAGGCAUUAACAUGUAGAGAAGAACUCCUUACUCUGCUUCUGUCACUCCUGCCCCUGGUGUGGAAGAUCCCUGUUCGAGAAGAAAAGGCAACAGAUUUUAAUCUACCGUUCUCAGUUGAUAUCAUUCCGACCAAGGAAAGGGAUGCAAGCUCACAGCGAUCUACUCAGGACAGUUUAUAUUUAGAAGGAAGCAUUCCAUCUGGUCAGGUUUCUACAAAAGUAAACAUUUCUCAAAAAAGCAGACGCCCGCGUAAAAUCACCCAUCGCUACUCUAUACGAGAUGCAAGAAAGACCCAGCUCUCCACAUCAGAUUCAGAAGCCAAUUCAGAUGAAAAAAGUGUAACAACAAAUAAACAUAGGAGGUCCCAUUUGAUACAGCAUUACUCAACCCAGUCUUCUACAGAAGACCACUUAAGAGCAAAAGUUGACCAUUCCGUAACCAAAGAACAGACGACUCCUGAUACUAUGGCUUUAGAAAAUUCCAGAGAGGUUAUUCCAAGACAGGAGUCAAACUCGGACGUUUUAAGUGAGCCAGCCGCGUUGUCUAUUAUCAAUAACAUGAACAAUUCUCCAUUUGACUUAUGCUAUGUUUUGUUAUCUUUAUUAGAGAAAGUUUGUAAGUUUGACAUUACUUUGAAUCAUAAUUCUGCACUAGCAGCUAGUGUCGUGCCAACAUUGACAGAAUUCCUAGCAGGCUUUGGAGAUUGCUGUCAUCUAAAUGACAGUUUGGAGAAUCAAGUGGUUUCUGCAGGCUGGACUGAAGAACCCGUGGCUUUGAUUCAAAGGAUGCUGUUUCGAACAGUGCUGCACCUUAUGUCAAUAGAUAUUAUUGCUGCAGAGAUGAUGCCAGAAAGUCUUAGGAAAAACUUAACUGAGUUACUUAGGGCAACUUUAAAAAUUAGAACUUGCUUGGAAAAGCAAUCUGAUCCCUUUGCACCAAGACAAAAGAAAACACUACAGGAGAUUCGGGAAGAUUUUGUGUUUUCAAAAUAUCGUCAUAGAGCCCUUCUAUUGCCCGAGCUUCUGGAAGGAAUUCUACAGAUUCUAAUCUGUUGUCUUCAAAGUGCAGCUUCUAAUCCCUUCUACUUCAGUCAAGCCAUGGAUUUGGUUCAAGAAUUCAUUCAACAUCAUGGAUUUAAUUUAUUUGAAACAACAGUUCUUCAAAUGGAAUGGCUAGCUUUAAGAGAUGGUGUCCCUACUGAGGCCGCAGAACAUUUGAAAGCCUUAAUAAAUGGUGUCAUGAAAAUAAUUAGCACUGUCAAAAAAGUGAAAUCAGAACAACUUCAUCACUCAGUUUGUACAAGAAAAAGGCACAGACGCUGCGAAUAUUCUCACUUUAUGCAUCAUCACAGAGAUCUCUCUGGUCUUCUGGUUUCAGCUUUUAAAAACCAGAUUUCAAAAAACCCAUUUGAAGAGACUGCAGAGGGCGAUGUUUACUACCCCGAACGGUGCUGUUGCAUCGCAGUGUGUGCUCAUCAGUGCUUGCGUCUGCUGCAACAGGUGUCCUUGAGCAGUACUUGUGUCCAGAUUCUGUCUGGUGUGCGUAGCGUUGGAAUAUGCUGUUGUAUGGAUCCAAAAUCUGUAAUCAUUCCUUUGCUCCAUGCUUUUCAAUUGCCAGCACUAAAAAACUUUCAGCAGCACAUAUUGAAUAUUAUUACCAGACUUAUCUUGGACCAAUUGGGAGGAGCAGAGUUAUCUCAAAAAAUUAAGAAGGCAGCUUGCAAUAUUUGUACAGUUGACGCUGACCAGUUGACCAAAUUAGAAGAAACAUUGCAGGAAAACUCACGUGACACCGAACCUUCAUCAAAUUUGUCCAGUCCUUAUUACAGAUUCCAAGGGAUCCUGCCCAGCAAUGGGUCUGAAGAUUUAUUAUGGAAAUGGGAUGCUUUAGAGGCUUAUCAGAAUUUUGUUUUUCAAGAAGACAGAUUGCAUAGCCUACAGAUUGCCAACCACAUUUGCAAUUUAAUUCAGAAAGGCAAUGUAGUUGUACAGUGGAAAUUAUAUAAUUUUAUAUUUAAUCCCAUGCUCCAAAGAGCAGUUGAAUUAGCGCGUCAUUGUCAACACCAAAGCAUUACUGCAGCUCGAACUCAUGUACGUAUCCAUCACAACCAAAGUUUGCUUCAGGAAGUGCUUCAGAUUUACCUAAAAACUCUUCCUAUCCUGCUUAAGUCCAGGGUAAUAAGAGAUUUGUUUUUAAAUUGUAAUGGAGUAAGCCAAAUAAUUGAAUUAAAUUACUUAGAUGGUAUUCGAAGUCAUUCCCUAAAAGCCUUUGAAACUCUGAUAAUCAGCCUAGGAGAACAGCAAAAAGAUACUUCAAUUCCAGGUCCUGAUGGGCUAGACAAUGAGCAGAAGGUGCCAUCAUCUUCAAAUGUAGGUACACCUUUCCAUAACCAGCAAGUUUAUUCAGAUUCUCCUCAGAGUCUCAGCAAGUUUUACACUGACCUCAAAGAUGCUUAUCCAAAGAAAUGGAGGACUGUGAACCAGGAUGUUCAUAUCAACACAAUAAACCUGUUUCUCUGUGUGGCAUUUUUAUGCGUGAGUAAAGAAGCCGAAUCUGAUCGGGAUUCUGCCAAUGACUCAGAAGAUACUUCCGGCUAUGACAGUACAGCAAGUGAACCUCUGAGUCAUAUGCUGCCAUCCUUAUCUCUGGAGAGCCUGGCCUUGCCUUCCCCUGAACACAUGCACCAAGCAGCAGACAUUUGGUCAACGUGCCGCUGGAUCUACAUGCUGAGUUCAGUCUUCCAGAAGCAAUUUUGUAGGCUUGGUGGCUUCCAAGUGUGCCAUAAAUUAAUAUUUAUGCUAAUACAGAAAGUAUUCAGAAACUAUGGUGAGAGGCAAGAGAAAAAGGAGGAAGGUAACAAUAUGAAUGAAAGCCAAGAUUUAAACAGAACGUCUCACUCUGAAAUAGCUAUAGAGGAAGAUUUAUUAUCUUUGGCGGUAAAAAGUGAUCCCACAGUACCAGAACUGAGAAGCCUAAUAGAGAAUGCUGAUGGUUUGAGCAAAUCAGAGUCACAGCCUAUUUCUCCCACACAUGUGGAACACAUUUCAGCUAUGGAAGCUACUCCUGAGAAAGCAAAAGGAUUUCCAAGCCAAGACAGUGAGAGCUCACUUCAGAGCAUACGCCUUUUGGAAGCCCUUCUGGCCAUUUGUCUGCAUAGUGCCAGGACUAGUCAACAAAAGAUGGAACUGGAGUUACAAAACCAGAAUUUGUCUGUGGAAAAUAUAUUGCUUGAAAUGAGGGAUCAGCUUUCCCAGUCAAAGGUGAUUGAGACAGAUUUAGCAAAGCCUUUAUUUGAUGCCCUGCUUCGAGUUGCCUUGGGGAAUCACUCAGCAGAUUGUGAACAUGAUGAUGCUAUGAUCGAGAAGAGCCACCAUUUUGAAGAAGAAUUAUCAGCUCAACCUGGGGAUUUAUCAGAAGAAGCUGAGGACUCUCCAUGCUGCAGUUUUAAACUUUUGGUUGAGGAAGAAGGUUAUGAGGCAGACAGUGAAAGCAAUCCUGAGGAAAGUGAAAGCCAGGAUGAUGGAUAUCCAAAGGGGAUGGUGAGAAAUCUGUUAGGAGGAUUCAUAAGUAUUUUAAUUCAGACUGGUUCUGACUUCCAAACCUGCCAGAGACUACUGGUGGAUCUUUUGGUAUCUUUGAUGAGUUCAAGAACAUACUCAGAAGACUUAAUCCUUUUUUUGAGAAUAUUUCUGGAGAAAUCUCCUUGUACAGAAAUUCUUCUUCAGGGUAUUCUGAAAAUUGUUGAAACUGAUAUUACUAUGAGCCCUUCACAGUAUCUGACCUUCCCUUUAGUCCAUACCCCAAAUGCAAGCAAUAGUGUUUCAUCACAGAAGUGUCCCGGGAUUCUAAACAGUAAGGCCAUGGGAUUAUUGAGACGAGCACGGGUUUCACAGAACAAGAAGGAGGCUGACAGUGAAAACUUCCCCCACCAGCUGCUUUCCUCUUGGCACAUAGCCCCAGUCCACUUGCCUUUGUUGGGACAAAACUGCUGGCCCCACCUGGCAGAGGGCUUCAGUGUGUCUUUGUGGUUCAGUGUGGAUUGUAUCCAUGAGACUGAGCAUUCCAUAGAAAAAACAAAGAAGAUCAAGAAGAGAAACAAAUCAGUCCUUGUUUGGAAUAACAGUUUUGAAGGAGCAGAAAACAGCACACCUGAAGGUGCAAAGUUUGUAAAUCCUGGUGAAAGACUCAUCGAAGAAGGCUCUGUUCAUAUGAUUUCAUUGGGAUCCAAAACCUUGAUGAUCCAAGUGUGGGCUGAUCCCUGCAAAGGCACUUUAAUUUUUCGUAUGUGCAUGGAUUCAAAUGAUGAUGCAAAGGCUGUUUUACUAGCACAGGUGGAAUCACAGGAGAAUGUUUUCCUUCCAAGCAAAUGGCAACAUUUAGUACUCACCUACUUACAGCAGCCCGAAGGGAAAAAGAACAUCCGUGGGAAACUCUCCAUAUGGGUCUCCGGACAGAGAAAGACUGACGUUACUUUGGAUUAUAUACUUCCAAGAAAAACAACUUUGUCAUCCGAUAGUAAUAAAACAUUUUGUAUGAUUGGCCACUGUUUAUCAUCCCAAGAAGAGUGUUUGCAAUUGGCUGGAAAAUGGGACCUGGGAAAUUUGCUCCUCUUCAACGGACCUAAGAUUGGUGCACAAGAAGCCUUUUACCUAUACGCGUGUGGACCCAACUACACAUCUCUAAUGCCUUGUAAAUAUGGCAAGCAGGUCAAUGAUUAUUCCAAAUAUAUCAAUAAAGAAAUUUUGCAAUCUAAACAAAUCAGAGAACUUUUUAUGACCAACAAAGAUGUGGACAUUGGUCUCUUAAUUGUAACAUACAUUUCUUCUGGACACAGUGAGACCACUAGUUGGACCUUAGAUGACUUCUCACGAACUUUUAAGACCUCAGUCACUGUUGGUAGAAUUCUUCAGGAAGUUGUUGAGCUCAGUAUCUGUGAAGAAACUCAAGCAUUAGCACUACGAGUCAUCCUCUCGUUGACCAAAUACAACCAACAAAGAAUACAUGAAUUAGAAAACUGCAAUGGCUUUUCCAUGAUUCAUCAGGUGUUGAUCAAACAAAAAUGCAUUGUUGGCUUUCAUAUUUUGAAGGCCCUUCUUGAAGGUUGCUGUGGUGAAGAUAUUAUUCAUAUCAAUGAGAAUGGAGAGUUUCAGCUGGCUGUAGAGUCUAAUGCUAUAAUCCAAGAUGUUAAACUAUUAGAGGAGCUGUUGUUUGACUGGAAGAUAUGGAAUAAAGCAGAGACAGGUGUUUGGGAGACUCUGCUAGCAGCUCUAGAAAUCCUCAUCAGAGCAGAUCACCACCAGCAGAUGUUUAAUAUUAAGCAGUUAUUGAAAGCUCAAGUGGUUCAUCACUUUCUACUGACAUGUCAAGUUUUGCAGGAACACAAAGAGGGGCAGUUUACAUCCAUGCCCCGAGAGGUUUGUAGAUCCUUUGUGAAGAUUAUAGCAGAAGUCCUAGGAUCUCCCCCAGAUUUGGAAUUACUGACAAUUAUCUUCAAUUUCCUUUUAGCAGUUCACCCUCCUACUAAUACUUAUGUUUGUCACAACCCCACAAACUUCUACUUUUCUUUGCAUAUAGAUGGCAAGAUCUUUCAGGAGAAAGUCCAGUCAAUCAUGUACCUGAGGCAUUCCAGCAGUGGAGGAAAAUCUGGUACUAGUCCUGGAUUUAUGGUAAUAAGUCCAUCUGGCUUUACGGCUUCAUCUCCCGAAGGAAACAAUUCCUCCAGUAUUAUUCCACAACGCAUUACUGCUCACAUGCUGCGUUCUAGAAGCCUACCAGCACUUCCUACUUCUUCACCACUAAUGCAACCACAAAAACUGGCUGCAAGUUUGAGUGGUAGUAUCGAGAAGUUACAGAAUAUUGUAGAUAAUUAUGUUGUGACCCAACCAGAGAAAGGUAAUGCUUUGGUGAGUUCUGAGAUGCUGAAAAAAGGCAAAGAAGAUGCAUUCGUCAGUAGCUGUGAGUCUGCAAAAACAGUUUGUGAAAUGGAUGCUAUUCUUCUGGCUCAAGGCUCUGUCAGUAGUCUUCCAAAAGGAAAGUUAAGAUUUCCAGGGGUCAAAGAUCGUAAAGAAGUUGGAACAGAAUCCAAAUCAGAGGAAGGCAGUCCUGGGGAUGAGUCUUGCCCACGUCGACCUGACUUCCUAAAGGGACUUGCUUCAUUCCAGCGAAGCCAGAGCACUGUGGCAAGCUUAGGGCUAGCUUUUCCCGCGCAGAAUGGCUCUGCAGCUGUUGGUCGUUGGCCAAGCCUUGUUGAUAGAAACACUGAUGAUUGGGAAAACUUUGCCUUUCCUCUUGGUUAUGAGCAAAACGUCAACAGAACUGCAAAUGUUCACAGUAUAACUGAAGAUUGUUUAGUACCUAUCUGCUGUGGAUUAUAUGACCUCUUAAGUGGAGUUCUUCUUGUUCUGCCUGAUAUUAUGCUAGAAGAUGUGAUGGACAAACUUAUUCAAGCAGAUACACUCUUAGUUCUUGUUAACCACCCAUCACCUGCCAUACAACAAGGAGUUAUUAAACUAUUAGAUGCAUAUUUCAACAGAGCAUCUAAGGAACAAAAAGAUAAAUUUCUGAAAAAUCGAGGUUUUUCCUUGCUAGCUAACCAGCUGUAUCUUCAUCGGGGAACACAAGAAGUAUUGGAAUGCUUCAUUGAAAUGUUCUUUGGUAGAAGUAUUGGCCUUGAUGAAGAAUUUGAUCUGGAAGAUGUGAAGCACAUGGAGCUUUUUCAGAAGUGGUCUGUCAUUCCACUUCUGGGCCUCAUAGAGACGUCUCUGUAUGACAACAUACUCCUACAUAAUGCUCUCUUGCUACUUCUCCAAAUUUUAAAUUCUUGUUCUAAAGUAGCAGAUCUGUUAUUGGAUAACGGUCUACUCUAUGUUUUAUGUAAUACAGUAGCAGCUCUGAAUGGACUGGAAAAUAACAUCCCUUUGAAUGAAUACAAAUUGCUUGCUUGUGAUAUACAGCAACUUUUCAAAGCAGUUACAAUUCAUGCUUGCAGUUCCUCAGGCUCACAAUAUUUUAGGGUGAUUGAAGACCUUAUUGUACUGCUUGGAUAUCUUCAAAACAGCAAAAACAAGAGGACACAAACUAUGGCUACUGCACUACAGUUUAGAGUUCUCCAGGCUGCUGUUGAGUUCAUAAGGACCACUGCAAACCAGGACUCGGAAAACCUGACGGAUUUAUUUCCAUUGCCUUCUACUCCCCAUCAUGCACUGUUUCAAAAGCAGAAAAGCAUUGCUGGACCUCGAAAAUUUCCCCUUGCUCAAACUGAUUCACUUCUGAUAAAAAUGCGUUCAGUGGCAAGUGAUGAGCUUCAUAUGUUGAUGCAACGGAGAAUGAGCCAAGAAAACCCUAUCCGGGCAACUGAAACAGAGCUAGCCCAGCGACUGCAGAGGCUAAUCGUUUUAGCUGUUAACAGGAUCAUUUAUCUAGAGUUUAAUCCAGAUGUUGUUGACAUUUUGAGUACUCCAGAAAACAUAACUCAAAGCAAGAACUCAGUUCUCCAGACUGAAAUUUCUGAGGAGAAUAUUCAUCAUGAACAGCCUUCUGUUUUUAAUCCAUUUCAGAAAGAAAUGUUCACCUAUUUGGUAGAAGGAUUCAAAGUAUCUAUUAGUUCAAAUAAACUCAGUGGAUCUAAACAUCAGUGGACUAAAAUCCUGUGGUCUUGUAAGGAAACCUUCCGAAUACAGCUUGGGAGGCUGCUAGUCCAUAUUUUGUCACCAAGCCACACUUCACAAGAGAGAAAACAAAUUUUUGACAUAGUUCAUGAACCAAAUCAUCAGGAAAUACUACGAGACUGUCUCAGCCCAUCUCUGCAACAUGGAGCAAAAUUGGUUUUGUAUUUGUCAGAGUUGAUGCACAAUCACCAAACUGAGCUGACUGAAGAGGAGCUAGAGAUGGCAGAAUUGCUUAUGAAUACUUUAAAGUUAUGUGGCCAAAAAUGCAUUCCUCCCAGUGCAGCAACGAAGUCAGACCUUAUUAAGAUGAUCAAAGAGGAGCAAAAGAAAUAUGAAACUGAAGAAGAUGUGCAUAAAGCUACAUGGCAGAAAACAGUUAAUAAUAAUCAGCAAAGUCUCUUUCAGCGUCUAGACUCAAAAUCAAAGGAUAUAUCUAAAAUAGCUGCUGAUAUCACCCAGGCUGUAUCACUCUCCCAAGGAAUCGAGAGAAAAAGGGUGAUUCAGCACAUCAGAGGAAUGUAUAAAGUAGAUCUGAGUGCCAGCAGACAUUGGCAAGAACUGAUUCAACAACUGACUCAUGAUAGGGCAGUCUGGUAUGACCCCAUCUACUAUCCGACCUCCUGGCAGUUGGAUCCAACAGAAGGCCCAAAUCGAGAACGAAGGCGUUUGCAAAGAUGUUAUUUAACUGUUCCAAAUAAGUAUCUCCUUCAGGAUAGACAAAAACCAGAGGAUAUUGUCAAACUACCACUCUCUUACCUAUUUGAAGACAAAAUUCAUUCCUCGUUCUCUUCUACGGUAAAAGACAAAGCUGCAAGUGAAGCCAUAAGAGUCAAUCGAAGAUGUUUCAGUGUUGCACCAUCUAGAGAAACAGCUGGCGAAUUGUUACUAGGUAAAUGUGGAAUGUAUUUUGUGGAAGAUAAUGCUUCUGACACACAUGAAAGUUCGAACCUUCAUGGAGAGUUAGAGCCAGCAUCAUUUUCCUGGACAUAUGAAGAAAUUAAAGAGGUUCAUAAGCGUUGGUGGCAAUUGAGAGAUAAUGCUGUAGAAAUCUUUUUAACAAACGGAAGAACCCUCCUGUUAGCAUUUGAUAACACCAAGGUUCGUGAUGAUGUCUACCACAGUAUACUAGCAAAUAACCUCCCCAAUCUUCUGGAGUAUGGAAACAUCGCUGCUCUGACAAAUUUAUGGUACACUGGACAAAUUACUAACUUUGAAUAUUUGACUCACUUAAACAAGCAUGCAGGUCGCUCUUUUAAUGACCUUAUGCAGUACCCAGUGUUCCCUUUUAUACUUGCUGACUACAUCAGUGAAACACUGGACCUCAAUGAUCCAUCCAUCUACAGAAAUCUCUCUAAGCCUAUAGCUGUGCAGUAUAAAGAGAAGGAAGACCGUUACGUGGACACAUACAAGUACUUGGAAGAAGAAUACCGCAAAGGAGCCCGAGAAGACGAUCCCAUGCCACCUGUGCAGCCGUAUCACUAUGGCUCCCACUACUCCAACAGUGGGACUGUGCUCCACUUCCUGGUCAGGAUGCCCCCUUUCACAAAGAUGUUUUUAGCCUAUCAAGAUCAAAGUUUUGACAUUCCAGACAGAACCUUUCAUUCUACAAAUACAACUUGGCGCCUUUCGUCUUUUGAAUCCAUGACUGAUGUGAAAGAGCUCAUUCCAGAAUUCUUCUAUCUUCCAGAGUUUUUAGUUAAUCGUGAAGGUUUUGAUUUUGGUGUGCGUCAGAAUGGUGAGCGGGUUAAUCAUGUGAACCUUCCUCCGUGGGCACGGAAUGACCCUCGUCUUUUCAUCCUCAUCCAUCGCCAGGCUCUGGAAUCUGACUGUGUGUCACAGAACAUCUGUCAGUGGAUAGACUUGGUGUUCGGGUAUAAGCAAAAGGGGAAAGCUUCUGUUCACGCCAUCAAUGUUUUUCAUCCAGCUACAUACUUUGGAAUGGACGUCUCUGCAGUUGAAGAUCCUGUUCAGAGACGAGCCCUGGAAACCAUGAUAAAAACCUAUGGCCAGACUCCACGUCAGUUAUUCCAUACAGCACAUGGCAGUCGACCCGGGUCCAAGCUUAACAUUGAAGGAGAGCUUCCUGCUGCAGUGGGGCUGUUAGUGCAGCUUGCUUUCAGAGAAACCCGAGAGCAGGUCAAAGAAAUUACCUAUCCGAGUCCUUUGUCAUGGAUAAAAGGAUUGAAGUGGGGGGAGUAUGUCGGCUCCCCAAGUGCUCCAGUGCCUGUGGUCUGUUUCAGCCAACCACAUGGAGAGAGAUUUGGCUCUCUGCAGGCUCUGCCCACCAGAGCUAUCUGUGGCUUGUCUAGAAAUUUCUGUCUUCUGAUGACAUACAGCAAAGAACAAGGUGUGAGAAGCAUGAACAGUACUGACAUUCAGUGGUCAGCCAUCCUGAGCUGGGGGUAUGCCGAUAACAUUCUAAGAUUGAAGAGUAAACAAAGUGAGCCUCCAAUAAACUUUAUACAGAGUUCACAACAGUACCAGGUGACUAGUUGUGCCUGGGUCCCUGACAGUUGUCAGCUGUUCACUGGGAGCAGAUGUGGCGUCAUCACAGCCUACACAAACAGACUCACUAGCAGCACGGAUUAUUCCUUUUUAAACCUUUGCCACAGGUUUAAAAGCCAUGAUACCUGGGGUACAAAUGAGAUCAUAGUCUUGUUUCUGUCUCCAGCUGAACUUUGCUAUGUACAAAGUUUGGCUGGACACAAAAGCCCUGUCACAGCCGUGACUGCCAGUGAAACAACAGGUGAUAUUGCUACUGUGUGUGAUUCAGCUGGAGGAGGCAGUGACCUCAGACUGUGGACAGUGAAUGGAGACCUUGUUGGACAUGUCCACUGCAGGGAAAUCAUUUGUUCCAUUGCUUUCUCCAACCAACCUGAAGGAAUAUCUAUCAAUGUUAUUGCUGGGGGGUUGGAAAAUGGAAUUGUACGGUUAUGGAGUAGCUGGGACUUAAAACCCGUGCGUGAAAUUACAUUUCCUAAGUCACAUAAGCCUAUUGUAAGCCUUACAUUUUCCUGUGAUGGCCACCAUUUGUACACAGCGAACAGUGAGGGAACCGUGAUUGCCUGGUGUAGGAAGGACCAGCAGCGCUUGAAACAGCCCAUGUUCUACUCCUUCCUUAGCAGCUAUGCAGCUGGAUGAAUAUGAGAGGACCUGGCUUUCUCCAAAGUAUUUUAACUCCAAACUACAUCUGUGGAUUUAACGAGGCUUAGAAGAUUGACCUGAAGAAGUGAUCCUUCAUUAUCCUAAUAAAGGCCAUUCAUCUGCACAACAUUCUGAAGCCUACAAGAGCCCAAGCAGAAAGUCUUAUUCUCAUGAGUGAUGGUCUGAAGGAUUAUGUCAGUGUGUGCUAGCAAGCUUGAAGUUUUAGGUGAUAUAGUAAAAGCUUAUGCUUACAGUCUGUCCCACAAAAGUAUUCCAAAGAAAAUAUUAGGAUCUUUUUCUUUUGUAUUAUCCCCAAAAGGCCAGGAAUAUUUAAAUUAGGAUAAUUGCUUGUACACAAUACUCUUUAAAAAUAUAUUCUAUUUAAAGGUUUUGUGCCCUGAGAAACUUGCCCCCACCCCCACCCUGAAGAAAAGAAAAAUAGAUGAAGAAUUCAAGAAUCUAUAAUUGCUUUCUUUGAGAAGCAAAUUGUUGAGUAGGUGCCACUGCACCCAAUGUAUUUUGGUAUCUCCAGUACUACAACUACCGAUCAUUCUCAAUGCUGGCAGAUUUGCCACUUGCCUUGUUAGCUCAAAACAUAACCAGAAUUUUUGACAGCCACUGAAUGCAAGUAUCUUUGAUUUGAAACAUAUCCUGUUUCUUCAUAGAAAUCUUUCUUCAUCAGAUGCAUAACACUCGAUGUCGCGCAUAUCCUUCGUUGUGUUCAUUUAAUCCCUGCCAUUUUGCAGUACUGAAUACUCAACAAUUUUUUUUGUAAUAGAAAUCCUCCAUUAUGCAAAAUGAUAUUAAUAGUAAAAUUUAGAAAAGGCAUUUCCUCUUAAGUGUAGGAAGAGAGUUUUUAAUCCCCAAAAUUAAAGCAGAAAAGGAGAGAGCUUAUCUUGUUUUAAACAAUAAGCAGGGCAGUUCUUGUAGGAAACAGUUUUGGCUCUGUUUCUCCCAACUUCUAUCACCUGAGAAUUCCUAAAAAUCUUGGAACAGUCUUUCUCUACCAUGACACCAUAGCUCUAUUUUUACUUGGGGUGCUGUUUUAUUGGCUUUGAAAUCACUGUAACAUAAACUCAGUAAUAUGUUAUCAUCAGACAAAAAUAUGUAUUCCUACCUAAGAAUAACAUGCACAUUUGUUAUGGAGAUUUAAUACAUAUGGUGUUUACAGAACUACUUUUGUAAUUUCCAGAUUUUCUAAAGCAUUCUGACUAAAAACUGUAUAAAAUAUAAUUCCAAAUUCUCUGCUGUCCAGAUAGGAGCAAGCCUGGCUUCUUCCCUGUGAGUUGCGUGCAAUGGAAGAGAGCACAACAGUCAGGAUUUAGAGCCUGAUUUGCUCAGGUUGAGUGUUCACUCUGAGGUCCAAGUUAGUGCAGAGAUAAGAUUAUUCUUAUUCACGUUGAAGUGAUUUGCUUUGUGUAAGAACAAAAUUCAUUGGUUCUCUAGUUUUCAUUUUCUGACUGAGAGCGUCAAAUUAGUCUCAUAUUAGAAUAGAGAUGCUACUCAGUCCUGUUCUGUUUAGUUUUUAAGGCCAAAUUUUAUCAUUUAUCUUAAAAUAUGCAAAAUAGCUGUGGUUACUAAGAAUGCAAUAGUAUAUUUUUAUGUAAAAAAAUGGGAUUAUUUAUUCAGCAUGAAGCCUACUAUGUAUAUGUUUGAGCUACUUCAUAAUGUGCAUGGUGUAACAUUUCUGUAAAUUACCACAAGCUCUGUUAUCUUUGUAAACACUGCUACUUCAAUUUGGGAAUAAAUUUCAUGAAAAUAAAUCUAAAGACCCAUUUUUCUAACAGUA